CCGUCGAAAUGCACGAGGGUGACCACGGAUGAUAUUACCGACGAGAUGAUGGACGAGUUGGGAUACAUCGUGAAGCGCAGCUUCAAGUACAAGGUGACGAAUUGGCACCCGUACUUCGUCAUCGGAGGCUUGGCGAUCGCCAUCACGCUUGGCACACAGGAGCUCCAGCCCGAGGUCGCCCUGCUCGGCGCGGUCGCCAUAUUCGCCGCGGCGGGGGUCGUCAGCAUCAAGCAGGCCAUCGCAAGCUUCGCAAGCACGAGCGUCAUCGCCUUCGCGCUGCUGCUUCCCGUGGCAAAGGCCAUGGAGGAGACAGGCCUGCUGGACCGGGCAGUCUUGGUGAUGCUCGGGCAGCCCGACAGCUUCCCCGUCGCCCUCGUGCGGAUGAUGUUGCCCGUGGCGUUUCUCUCCGCUUGCUUGAGCAACACCGCGAUCAUAGCCAUGCUGGUUCCAGAGAUCAUCAGCUGGGAAGUGUACGAGGUGAAUUUCUUCUCGACGACACCGGCGGCCGCGUGGCUGAUGUUGGUGACAACGAUUGCCGUCCUGGCCCUGGCACCGACCAGCACCGUGUUCGUGGUGCAGCAAAACGGCGCGCAGGAAGGCGCAGAGGUGGACUGCGUGCUCUGCACCCUCAAGAAGUUGCCCGGCGUGCCCAGCGUGUGUUUGAAGGAGGAGGCGGGGUGCCCAGCCAAGUUGCACGGCGGGGCGCUCCUGCGCUGCGAGGCGACCGCGGCGGGCGUCGUGGCCCCGCGCCAGGUCCGGGGCUUCGAGCCCCGGGCGCAGCCGCAGCUGUCGCUGCCAGCUCGCGAGCGGGAGCUGCGCAACGGCUUCGGCUGCGCCCUCGUCGCCUCGCGCCGCCCGGUCUCGAGGGAGAUCCCUUGGGAGCGGGACGAGGGUAAGGUUCCCAGCUUCCGCCCAAGCGACGUGGUGCUCAUAGAGGCCGACCAUCGUUAUCUCAAAGAGUUCCCUGAGCGCUGGUUCUCUGCAUUCUCGGUGGCCUCCCAGAUCAAAGUGGCCGAGCUCAGCUACGGGUGUGGCAUUUUCCUGCUCCUGCUGCUCGCAAUCAGGGCCAUUACUCUACCAGAGCUGCACUCAUCCAGCGAGGGGUCCGUGAUUUUCACGACCGUCGGCGCGACUGGCAUAUCGAACGCGAUGAAGAGCACUGGAGUCGCCAACUUGAUUGCCGACGUUAUGAUGAGUGGGUUCCAGCAGCUUGGCUUCUUCGGCCUCUGCGCCUCCGUCUGCAUCGUUUCGGGUUCCCUCAGCAUGUGGAUUAGCAACUCGGCCAAUGUUUCAAUCGUUGGGAGCUUGAUCGUUUCCAUGGUCUCCAACCUGCAGACGGAGGGGGCAGACAACAUUCUUGCACUCGCUGCCGCUUUCACAUGGAUCCUCAUCUGUGUAGCAGGGUCCUGCUUCACCACUCCCCUGGGCUACCAGACGAAGGUCAUUGUGAUGCCCGACGGCAAGUACACGUUCUCUGAUUUCGUU